UGAAAUGGUACAUUACCAUGGGAAUAAAUAAAUGAAUGGCUAAUUAUAGCAUGUGUGUGAAUAAGUCAGUAAUGAAAAACAGCUUUGAAAAGAGAUUUAGGAGCAGCAAAUUGAAGAGCUAGGGAAGAGCAAUUCGAAUCAGGUGGCAUUUAGGCCUUUGAAGGUAGGUAGCUCUCCUCCCACCACCCCCUUCAAUUAAGGUAAUAGGCAGCAGCUCUGAAAUAAAUGGAGACGCUCGGAUGAACCUGAACCAACUUGACCAGGAGAAAGAAGGGGCAGAUGAAGGUGGAAGGCAGAAUAAGGACACAAGCAAACUAUACCAGGAUAUAUUGUGCUAAGCCUGGACAACAGAUGGAGCGCUUUGUCCGAGUUCCCCAGGGCCUGUACCAGGGAACACACUACGGGAACACAUUGCCUUUGGGCCAGCCUGGACUCUCUGACCACCAACAGCCUGACUGGAGUCAAAACACUGGUGCCCCCACUUUCCUGGCCAGGACGGGGCUGGUGGUGCCCACGAACGCCUGGGCCUACUGCACUGACCCUUACAAGAGGGCACAGCUUAAGGCCAUUCUCUCCCAGAUGAACCCCAGCCUGGGCCUGAGGCUGUGCAAGGCCAACACCAAGGAGGCAGGUGUGCAGGUGAGCCUACGUGUGGACAGGUCUGUGCAGUGCUCGCUGGGCCCUCUCACCCUGCGCAGCUGCUCUUUUGGGGGCUGCAGGGGCCCCAAGGCACCCCUACCAGCCUGGGACCUCUAUUCACCAGCAAUGGACCUCAGGGACUUGAUCCGGCUGCGGAAGGAUGGAAAGGAUGAGGAGUGGGAUGCUCUUUCCAGUCCCGCAGAGGAAAGCCAGCAGCAGCAGCAGAAGUCAUCACCACUGCCAACAUCACAAGAGGACAAGCAGGCGGAACGCUGGCAGCAGGACAAGUUGGGGGAGGAAGAUGCCUCUAGUCCUGGGCGGAGCAAGCAGGCCCAGGGAGAUGCCCACCCUCUCAGGAAACCCAACUUCCAGUUUUUGGAACGAAAAUAUGCCUAUUUUCACUGUAAGGAUUGUAAGACUAGAUGGGAGAGUGCUUAUGUGUGGUGCAUUUCUGGAACUAGUAAGGUUUAUUUCAAACAACUCUGUUGCAAAUGCCAUAAGAGUUUUAACCCUUAUCGGGUAGAAGCAAUCCAGUGUCAGAUUUGUUUAAAGUCCCGUUGUUCCUGUCCUCUAAAGAAAAGAAACAUUGACCUAAGGAGACCUCAUCGACAGGAACUAUGUGGCCGCUGCAAAGACAAGAGAUUCUCCUGUGGCAACAUUUACAGCAUUAAAUACAUCAUGUGACAGACAGUAUGAUUUGUAUAGGUCACCCCAGCACUUCUUGUCACUUACUGUACUGUUUCUUUUUUGUACCUUAGCUCUGA